CUAUGACGGCGCAUGCGUAGAUUCACCGAGGAGACGCAACAUAAACUGACGCGAUUUCCAAGCGCCUGCAGUCGCUAACGUCUCGGGAAUACCGUCGAGAACGUGAAGGACUGCACGUCUGUCCGAUUGAAUGGAACGAGCAGCGGCCGGUAUUAUGGGAUGCAGUGCUUCCGUGUCAGCGAACGCGAAUUCGAUUGUAUCCGACGACGUCUCGAAGCAGAACGGACACUCCCUUACACACGAUUCGACGGUAGCACCUGCUUCCACACCGGAACCAGAGACUGUCGAAGUAGACGGUGUUCAACGGAGGGUGUCAGACUCGCAUUUGUUUCAGAGGAUCAAGAGUGACAUCGAGAGGGCGGAUGAGUUCACGAGAAGGCCUCUGCAGUUGGACAACGGUGAACCGUUUCUGCCGACGUCGCACGUACCGCGUAGUCCAGCGGUGACAGCAAGUGACUUAUUACCGUCAGAUUCCCAGACAGACUUCUUUCAGAUGUUGGAUAAGAAAAUAGCAGAGGGACCUGACUACUGUUCAGAUGGGAGCCAAUCAUAGCAGAGAAUGCCAGUACCUGUCUCCUUCCUAAAUCCCUUUGCAGCAGCGGCAGCAGCAGCAGCAACAGUGUACAUAGACAGCUGAGUACAAUUAUAUAUAG